UUGUAACACCCGAUGAGCGCAAAUACACGGGUCGAUGAGAUUCCAGGAAUUGGGGCAGUGGUCAAUGAUGUAUUUUUGGACGUAGUAAAUUGUUCUGCAUACGCACACGGUUUGUGAUUAACAUUCUGUGUAUGCAAACGCUGCAGAAAUACUUUUUGGGCCCUAAAUAUCAGAUCUUGAUCAUAAAACAGAUUAUCCUACAUAUACCUUGGCCUUCACCUGGAUUUCAGUCCACCGAUAAAAGCCCCUUUUCCAGUUCAAAAGAAGUCUACCCAAAUUACCCAUUUGACAAUGGAAACAAUGGCAACUCUAUCGAAUUGGAAAGAUAUGUAAGUCAACACUGCCAUAGCAGAUCUACAUCAGACACUGAAAACAGAGAAAAACUGCAAGCAAGAAGGAAACUCUACAUUGCGGCCAUUAUUUGUCUGAUAUUUAUGGUUGGAGAAGUUAUAGGUGGCUACUUUGCUCACAGUUUGGCCAUCAUGACAGAUGCAGCUCACUUACUGACGGACUUUGGCAGCAUGCUAGUUAGCCUUUUCUCUCUUUGGAUUUCUACACGACCAGCAACAAAAACUAUGAACUUUGGUUGGCAUAGGUCAGAGAUUCUAGGAGCUUUUCUCUCUGUACUGUCAAUCUGGGCAGUGACAGCAGUGUUGGUCUACCUUGCUAUCCAGCGACUGAUCAGCAAAGACUUUGAAAUUGAAAGCCAUGUAAUGCUUAUUACAUCUGGCUGUGCAAUAGGAGUCAAUAUCAUAAUGGCUGUCAUACUCCAUCAAUCAAACCCUUUCCACAGCCACAGCCGUCACUAUGCAGCUGGUUAUGAGGAGUUAGAAAACAGCAGAGUUGAUGAAAACUCUUCUCAGCCAAACCAGCUGGGAAACACCAGUGUGAGAGCAGCCUUCAUACAUGUCAUUGGAGAUUUGUUCCAGAGUAUUGGAGUGUUUGUGGCAGCCACUGUCAUCUUCUUUAAGCCUGCUUAUAAAAUUGCAGAUCCUAUCUCUACAUUCUUCUUUUCCAUUUUUGUUCUGGGUACCACUAUUACUAUUUUAAAGGACGUCUUCCGUGUACUAAUGGAAGGUACCCCUAAAGGCCUGGACUUUAAUUCAGUGAAGGAAGUUCUUCUUUCUGUUAGAGGAGUGAAAGCUGUUCACAAUCUCCAGCUCUGGGCCCUGACAUUGAACCAGCCUCUGCUAUCUGUUCAUAUUGCCAUAGAGGAGAAUGCAGAUGCUCAAGCUGUGCUGAAGGAAGCCACUGAAAUCCUUCGAAGCAAGUUUUCCUUCCACACUACAACAAUCCAAGUUGAAAAGUUCUCAGAGGACAUGUUAGACUGCAGCCAGUGUCAAGAUCCAAAAGACUGAGAUAUUCAAAUUCAAGAUCCCAGGAGGUGCCAUUUGUUGUUGUGUUGUACAUCUGUCUCUGUAUUUUACAUGAUUUCCAAAAAUCUAGCACCGCUUCCAAGGGCAUUGAAAUACACAAUUUGAGUAUAGGACUUAAACUCUCUCUGCAAAGCAAAAACUCAGUGGAAGUGUAUCAAAAAAUGGACAGAUAGGCCAAAUUAUUUUUGAUUGAGUAGAAACCUCCCUGGCCCAAGACCAAAUGAAUUUACUUUUGAUAUUUCAGGGGUGGGGGGGUCAAUACAGAACUAGGUGUAGUUUAAUAAUUCAUGAUAAGUAAUAUUUGGCCUGGAUUUUCCUGAAAGACACUUGUUGCUCUAUGUACAACCACAGGCGUUUCCCUCCAUAAGUAUCAGGAAACACAGGACUUUGAAACCCUGUGUGCACAGAUCUGUCAUGACCUCUCUGAGAGCUGUUCAUCAGGAGUUUCCAAUGGAGUGCUGAAGUUGGGCUGCUCAUGGAAUCCAGUGGCAGAGUGCCAAUUUCCUGAACUUUUCCAGCAAUCACAUUGAGAAAACUGCCCCAGACCUAUGCUAGGGCUAACCAAGUCAUCAGUUCUCUGACUCUGUAUAUUUCAAAGGAGAGGGAUGGCUAUAAGAGAGUAAAGUACACUUCAGGUGGUUAGUUUGACUUUGUUAUAAUUUUGUCUAAUUUAACUUUUGAAUAUUGUUAUUAAUUUUUAAUACUUGUUAAAGUGGAAUAUCUGUGAAUAACACAGCCAUCCUUUUUAUCUGACAGCUGGGUAAGCCUGGGGACAUGACUUAACCAGUUGUCAAUAUGUUUUUAUGAAGAAAACUUGUUGCAGCCUUGCCACAUGAGGUCAUUUACAACCAUCAUGCCUUGUGCUACACUGGGUCUCUCUAACCAGGUUGGAACUGGCCUCAUCUGGAAGUUGCUGCUUCAAGAUCUGCUCACAGUGAACAUAAACACACCAGGGGAUGGAGUGAUGAGUGUGGGCAACUUGCCGCUGCCAGGAAAUUCCAGGCCUAGUUUAUUGGGCACAACUGAGGGGACCCUAUAGUCAGAAUUAAAGGUUCCUCCAGCAUUUUGUGUGUGUUGAGUCAAAAUUUAAAAAAAUUGGCUACCUGAACUAAAGCAGCAAUAUCCAAGACAAAGGGACUCAAAGGUUCUUGUUUUGUUCAUGAUUCAAUUUCAGUCUUUGCUUGAAUCAUCUCACUUUCAAAAGUAACUUUUGAGGUAUUCUCCUACAUAAAUAGGAUCUGAUUGAGUUUGUUCAUCUUAAAAAAUAUACAUCAUAGACUUUCAAGUAUUGUUGGCUAUAAUCCGAACAAAGUUGUUAUAGUUUUAAAUACCUUUUUUGGGUUGGAGUUCAAUUCUGCUCUUGGGCGGUAUGAACUGGGUGCAGGGAAUGAUUGGAAUUGGACCCUGGGUUAUCCAGUGAGUAAUUGAGGGAGGUUUUGUUGUCUGUGGUGUCUUCCCAAGAAGUUUGUGUCAUUUGAGAUUCCUAUAUGGAACACCAAUUUUGUUGUCAAGAAGUCCUUACAGAAAUGAUGUGUAAUGAGAAAAGGUAAUGGGAGGGGUUUAAAUAGAUAUAGGAUAUGUUUACAUCAUUUUGAAGAAUAUUAUCUUUUAAUCCCUUUUCAACUGAGGGAUUAGAGUGAGCAAGCAGAAAUUUAAAAAUAAUUUUUUUUAUGGAUUUGAAGGUUUACAAGUUGGGGAAAUGGAGGUUUCUGUUGCCAGAUCCUCAAAAACUCACAAUAUACCUUCACUGGUAGGUACGUACUGAAGGGCUUAGAGAAAGGCAUUUCUUAUUAGAGUGACAGACAGCUUGGGCAAGUUCCAAAUGUGGAGAAACAGACACAUGAAAAUGUCCUCUUGGACAAGCAAUAGGAUGGGGCAGUGAGGAACAUUAUUGUUUCUCAUGGCUUCACAUGAACGUUGGUUCAUGUUUUACUGAUUGAGACCAAGCCAAGGAACCCUGAGUAGUCCAAGCCAUUUCUUGGUCUUCUCAGAGUAGCCCAGCCUCAGGAAGGAUUCCUAUAACAAGAGUCAGCUGACUGAUCAACAUCUGAAAACAGCAUGGCAUCUGUUGCGACAGCCAAACAGGAGUGCUGGAAUUACCCAACCCAAUAUCAGGUCACAUGACUUCCACUCACCUUUGGGGAAAGGGACAUGGUCUCAAAAAACUGCAUAUUCAUGGUCCAUUUUUCCACGCAGGAAUGGGUUUCAGUUUUUAUGCCAAUACAUCAAAUCUUGAACAGACAGACACUGACCUGGAUAGCAGCACAUAGUUGCUACUUACACUGUAUAUGUUAUUACAGGUCACAGACUUGUGGUUUUUAAAAUUCAUAGUCUCUUAAGUAACUUAACUGGCGUAUCUGAACCUUUCAACCAGAUCACAUGAAGUCUGAUUAGUGAUAGAUCAGAGACCAGUCAAAUGCAAACAAACCUGAAGAUUAUUGCAGUUGAGUCACAUUCAAGUUUCAGAGCAAAAUAAAACAAGCAGUAUGGCUGCAAUUUGAAACAAUUCCUUAAAUUGGCAGUAUUGUUCCCUUUUCUCUCUGUCAAACUCUCCUUAGGAUUUUAAACGUUUCUUUUGAGAGCUGAAGAGCUCUGUUCUUAUUACCUUUUCCAAGUGUGUAUCGAUAUGUAAUCUUGCAAUAAAUGCCAGAACUCAUAGUCUCUAUCUCGAGAGUAAUCACAGCCAAGUUUGAUCCCUUUCUCAUAAGUGUCCACACACUGAUUUGGAGCAAACAGAAUCUAGACUUAUUUUCCCUCCUUUCUGAGCGUAUGACUUUAACCUGUGUCAUCCUAGUGGUUUCAAACAAUAAGCAGCAAUGAAAACUCAAAUCAUCUUCCUGAUCCAGCACAACACGGAUUUUCAACUCACUGAACCAGCACUCAGUUUUGGCACAAUACAUAUCACAGACCUCAAUACCAUUUUUAGACAAACCCAGGUCAACAAUCUACAAUCUAAAAUAAAACUUAAAUCUAGUUUUGUUUGCAUUAACCUAGAGAUACUUUGUAAACAAAACUGAAGGAUUUGAUUUGCAUUCCUCAGUGAUUAGUAUUUUAUUCUCUUCUGUUAUAUUUGUCAUACUAUUAAAUUGUUUAUAAUAUAAUAGAGGUCUUAUCAUUAGAGUCAUAGAGAGAUAGAACAUGGAAAUGGACAGUACAGCAUAUACUGGGACGACUAAGUUAUUUGCAAUAGCUAGGGGAAAAAGGACACUAAACUGCAUCACAAAAUUCAUCAGGCUCCUGAUGAGCUUUCUGGAUGAUGUCCUACUUCUACAUUUUUCCAAAUCAGAUUAACCAUAGAAUUUACUAUGAUUCUAUUUCUUGGUUCAAGAAAAUAAAUUAUCCAAGCUGUACUUUAAAAUUUGCUCCAUGAAAUUGACAUCAAAUAAUGGCACAAGACAGCCUGAAUUUUACCUGUGCUGGCAGCAAAGCUGUUGGCAACGGAUCACUGCAUCACACAAAUGUGAUUGACACUGAUGUUCCUUGGUAGUAAACCUUUUCCUGCUUCCUUGUUACAAUAAUGAUCUGCCAAAAGUCUGCACUCAUUUGGAAGUCUAUUUAUAGACAGAUAACACUGCUUUUAAUCCAAAAUCCCCAAAGAAUAUGAUUGAAUGAUACUGAAUUUAGAAAAAUAACCUUUGACAAAUUACCUCCAGUUAUUGUCUUACCAAGGCUAAUUAUUCUGUAGUGUUUAGUUGAGAAUAGUGGACCAAAACAGGAAUUUAAGGAUGCACUUUGACAGUAGGUUUUAUUUAAAGGAAUGUUGAAUUUAAAAGUGCAGUUAUACUGGUACUUUUGAGGUUUCCAGUUUGCAGCAACACUUAAGUGACCAUUUAACACAAAAAAAUUCCUGAUCCAGGAUGAAUGGUUUGAGAUCCCUGAGGGAUGUCAUCUUACAUCAUCUGGCCUCAAUGCACAUGAAACCUCAUUUACAUGUGUCUACAGCUCUGCUGUUGAAAUAAAGCUACAGGGAUUACUUUAG